CAUCUCAGGCUCCAAGGCAUGAAAGCUACCUGGGUUAGCGCCUUCGAAACAAGCAACCUCACGCACGAUCACCUCCAGUCCACUCCAGUCCACCACCCCAGAGCAGAUCAUAAUUCCAAUGCUUGAUCAAUGACGCCUUUUGGCUCCCCUGAUAAACUAUUGUUUACCCUUCCCCUGGGAUGUGCUCCAUUCCCAGAAUCUGCAGCCCCUCCACGUGGUACUGCUCUUGCGCUUGUAACAUGAAGAGCGCUCUCUGCCUGCCAACGUGCUCAACCUUGACCCAACUCUGUGUCAAUCACUCUACAGCAACCACAGAUUGAAAAUACGCAACCGAUACUUCUCACCACAUAGCGGAUCACAAUGACGUUUCUAAAGAGCGUUAGCGAAUAUGAGCACGACAUCCCCGUUCUCACCCUGAUCGGCAGCUGCCGCAACUCCAGCCACUUCCCCUAUCCUUCCCAUAAGUUACUCAAUACACGGCUCUGUGCUCCAUUCUACGUACUGGGUACUGUAUGGUGCGGAAGGCGAAACCUUAAUCACGGUAGCGGCAUGCCACUAGCAAAGUCAAUCGUCCUCGAGAUUCGAGCUGCAUUUGCUGCCCUGGGAGGCUAUAUUUCCCUAUUGUCGGGAUGUGGAGACCACGGAGAUGUUCGCAAGGACUGCUGCCGAGUUGACCUUGUCUUUGGAUUGGUCACACAGCCGCUGACAGGCAAGGUCGAUCAUUUUGUAGACUAUACGAGCACAAUCCGUGGUUUCCUACCCUCGAGAUCUCCACCUUCGUGGAGAAAGGGUUCUCAGGGACGGCUCGGCAGCUGCUAGGCUAUUUCAGCUGGUUCAGAGACAUGAAUCGCAUUUAAGCGUCUCUCUUGAUUGGAUUUUGGAAAGCAGGCUCCUAGCUCCCAGGGUCCAUUCAUUCUUGGCGCAUAGAAUACUGCAUCGUCGUUUCCGUAGAAGAAAACGGUAUACCAACUUACUUGCUAGAUGCAUAUAGCUACA